CAAAUUUAAUAAAUACUUAAUAAAUUUUUUAAAAUAAUACUCUAGUACUAAAAAGUUGAACGCAAAUUUACACAUUUUCCACCUUAUCUCAAAAGAAAUUAUCCAAUACCAUAUGUUCAAAUUACCGCCUUAUUGUAGAAAUCUCUCAUUAGUAGUCUAAAUCAACAUGGCGGAAUAAUAACAGUUUUGCACGAGCCUCAAAAUCGCCUGGGUAUAAAAAACCGUGUCUGUAAGCAGGUCAUUUAAUUAUUUUGAGUCUCUGCGGGAAAGCGUUGAUUCAUGUCACGCAAUUUUAGUUAUUUAAUUUUUUCCUUUUUGGUUUGGAAUAAAAAGUCAGGCUCAAAAAUUAACAAAUUUCACGAAUAAAAUAACGUACGGUUGUUUUUAUUUGAGAUAAUUAUCAACAAAACUUUCAUCUUUGCGUUUGAAGAUAAAACAAGAAAUACGUUUUUUUCCAAAAAAAAACGUUUAUAGAUUCCGAAAUAAAGUCAUCAUGUCUUGUCGUGCAUGUCGAAAGCCGUUUAGCCACUCCAAAAGAGAAAAUGGUUGCCCAGGAUGUGAUCACACCUAUUGUAAAGACUGUCUUAAAUAUGAACAUUAUUUACCUGAUACAUCAGAUGUAAAAGAAGUUUGUAAAUAUUGCCACAAAAGAAUAAUCGAUUCUAAGCCAUUUAUACCACCAGCUGAUUUUAUUGUUCCCGAUGGAAUUAAUAUACCAUUAGAUCCUGAAGGAAUGACUGCGCAAUUGGAUAAAUUAGAAAAAUCAAAUCCAGUACCCAAAAGUUUAUACAAAGAAUGGUAUAGAUUAGAUAAUGUUAAUCUUAGUCCAGGGGAAAGACAAAUUGCAAAAAGAUUCCAUAAUAUGGAAAUACAGAAACAAGAAGAUCAGUUAAUAUUGUUAGACGAGAGGCGGCCUGAAGAUGAAGCUCCUACAAAACAAAUGGUCAGUGAGGCAUUUGCUGCAUUGAGCAAGCAAAAUUUUCAUAACAACCCAAAAAAUGUGGAUAAUAGCCACCAAGUUUGUAAAAAGGCAUCAGAAGGCAAAAAGCAGCAAAACCAUCAAAAAUAAAGUAUAAUUAUUAUGCACAAAAUUUUGAUAGUGUAUGAUUGCAUAAGAUUGAAACAUUUUUUGAAAGAUGAAUCCAUGUCUCAAAACAAUAUGAGCCUAUAAAUAGUAUAGAGCACCACUGGAAACUAUUUUGUGAAUCUGUGAUCAAUGAAAAAAUCAAUUCUGAUUGUAUAAGAUUUUUGUGUGCAUAAACAAGUAGAGUAUUUUCAGCUUAGGAAUAACAAAAUAUUAUAUUUUUGGGUAAAUGAGAAGUUUAGAAUUACAAAUAGUCUAUUAUUUGAAAUGUUAGUUUUUGUGUAUUGUAUGUAUGCCAAAUAUACAACCAUAGAAAUAUAUCUUGUAGUAACAUUAUGAUAAGAAUGAAAUUAUGUGAUAGAAAAUCAAAAUGUAGAAUUCUUACGAGUGAAUAAGUGUUUAAUAUUCUUUAACAAUAGGAAUAUUUGCUAUGGAAAUUUUGACUAAGAAUGAUUAUGAAUCUAUAUUAUGUACAUUUUGUAAUGAACAAAAAAAUAAGCGUACAGUUUGGAUAAUAUUUAUAGCUAAUAUGUACUUAUAGGUAAAAAGUAGUACAAAUUUCAUCCCUGUAACAUUAAAGAUACUUAAAAUAUUUGUAAAACUGUGAUUACAUUAAUACAGAUUUAUUGAGAGUUUUAACUAUUUUGUACACAUCUUAAUAAAAUUACAAUUUCACAUUCAAAAAAAGUAAACGUUCUUUACAUUCUUAAAAUAUCAAAAAAUUUUGUUUUCCAAAUUUAGCAUUUCAUGAAUAGAGUUGCAACACUCUCGCGCGUGGUUUUCCCCUAAAUUCCACAGCGUAAGCCAUUGUACACUAUACGUGUAAACACACUCCAUCUUCAUCUCAUAAUCAUAACAUCAAUCUGUCAGUGUCAGCCGAACCGCGGCUCGUUACGUUUGAAAGAGAAUUGAAAAUCGGUUCGAUUUCGAGUGUCUGCCAGACAUUGUAAAAUAGGCAGAAGAAGCAUUCGAUUCGAAUCAGUGGUGACGAUUUUAUUAUUCUGCUUUGUUGUUUAUUUGCAACAUUGAAACUAACCUUGAUGUUAUAUACAUAACAGUAAUUGCGUCAUCUAUAAAUUUUGACGAUUACUCACUAUUCGUUACCUUAUAAUAUGCCUACCUCACGUACUUGAAUAUUAAAAAAAA